ACGUCACUUCCGGUUGUUCUCCUCUGUUUUGGAGGCAACCAUUGACGGAAGAGGGAGAAUGGUGAGAGGCGGCGAGACGGAGGGGGCCGGGGCCGCGGAGUUCCCGGAGCAGUUCCGCGCCUAUUCGGAGAGCGAGAAGCACUGGCAAGCGCGGCGGGCCUUUUUGCUCCGGAACAUGCCUGAUGCGGGGGGCGGGGGGCCGUUGCACACGGACCAGCUGCUCUCGCUCUCCAUGGUCUGGGCUAACCGCCUCUUCCUCGGAUGCAGCUACAGUAAAGAUCUCUUGGACAAGGUGACAGAAAUGGCUGAGGGGAUCGAAGUUGGAGAUGUACCACAUUUCACUACCCGUGAUGAAUUAAUGAAAAAGAACCAACAAUAAUGAAAGGGAAGAGAGGAAAGACUUUCAUUAUGCCAUAAAAUCCAUUUACAUGGACAACUGUCAUCUGGGAACUGCAAGAAACAUGACUUCUUACCUUGGAUAUUCAUUUUACAGGGUUUUAAAGAAUCCAUAUACCUUCAGUUUAGAUUAUAGAAAAUUGUAAAUCUCCCUCCUUCAUUGAUAAUCUGCCAUAUACUUAAAAAUCCUUCUAGAAACAAGGCUAUGGUUGAGUGUACUGGUUUUUCCUGAAUCUUAAGAAUCCAGUAGGUUAUCAUGUUUAGUAAGAUGUAAAUACCAGACAACUGGAGAGAAGAGGAAGGCCUGGCUGGUCAGAACAGAGAGAGAGGUAUAUGGUACACUUCACGGUGAACUUCUGGAGCAGUCAGAGCACACAACAUGCCUUCCUACUGUGAGGUAGAGGCCAUAGGAGGCAGUUGGACAAGGAAUCUGUAUAUGUACAGAAGCCUGAUGGGCAGUGAGCCCUGCACCAUUUACAAGUUUUCGACAAUUCCUCAUGUAUCUGCCGCCAUGUUGGAGACCAUCAAUUGCAUGGUGGAGGUGUUGCUAGAUGCAGUGCCUGAUGACGGCAAAUACUACAUCAAAACAGUUGGUGGCAAUAAUAUGAAGAAAAAUUAAGGCCAGUACCCUACUUUUUAUUUUGAAGGAUGAGCUAAUGGAGAGGAUCUAUACUCCGCCGCAGAAGAGAAUGCAUGGAAAAUAGAGACAGGGGAACCUAGUAGCAACACCACCUGCACUCUGAGUGACAGUAUCACCCCUCAACAGGACAUUAUUUGGUCCUACAUGAAGCUGAGAAGGUUGUAGGGACAAGUGCCAAUACUAGAACAGUAAGACACAGAGUAGGGGUUCUCUGUUAUCUUUUUUUUUUUUUUUUGGCCUUUUUCGUUUAUCUAGAUGUUAUUUGCCUUCAAGUCAGAGUCUCCGAUUUCUUGUCAUGCUGUUUGAAGUUUCUAGCAACUGAACUCCAAAAUACUCAAGACCCAAUAUUUUAGAAACAUUUACAUAGUGGAAAGUAUGAUGACCCAAUAUCAAAGCACAUGUUGAGUGUACAGGGGGGAAAUCUACUACUACAGGUUGCCUUUCAGGCUCAAGAGGAACUACUUGUAUGUUGUCUGUCUUUUUGGAAUUGGGGACAGUAGAAAUUCGCAUAUUGCUGACAUUCUUGAAAAAAACAGCUAGAAUACCAAAGAAUAAACAUUACUUUGGAAUAUGCAGCACUAUCCUUUGAGUUUAAUUGAAUUUCCCUCACCACAGUAACGCCACUCAAAUGCUUCUUUUGCUGCCUUGCCUUUUUCUCUCACUGAGAUAGUUAAACAAUGACAGCAUCAGCAGCCCUAUUGCUUUGUUUCCCUCUGGGUUUAUAUGGUCACUUCACUAAUCUAUCAAUAUCAGUUGUUGGCGCCUUCUCCCAUUAACUGCCCAUCUGAUACUUUUCUGGCAUGCUUAUACUUUUAGGUCCUGAUUUCAUUUAGUAUAGACCAGUGUUUCUCAAUUUCUGCUCCACCAGGUGUUUUGGACUUCAACUCCCAGAAAUCCCAGCCAGCUUGCCAGCUGUUAGGAAUUGUGGUAGCUGUAAUCCAAAACAUCUGGAGGAGCACAAUUUGAGAAACUGGUAGAGACAGAAGCUACACCUUGUGAACUCUGCCACUUUAAAAAUAAAAUAGAGAUGAUUUCCUUUCUAUGUGGAAUUUGGGUGGUCUGCUUAUUUAAGAAGUAGGGUACUUGAAAUGUUCAGGUCAGGCAAUAGAAGAAUGAUGGGAACAAAUGUAAUAAUUCUUAAAUUUAGUAAAUGAAUAAAAAAAUUUAAAAUAA